UUCAUAACCUAUAAAUGUCGUGAGAAUAAGGUUAUGUUUGGGAAUUGAAAUUGUGUUCAUUUUGAAUUCUCUAAAAGUUUACACUAUUUAAGAAAAUGGGCAAAAGAAAAACGAAAAAUACUGAAAAGAAGAAGAUUAAACUAGUAUUUGAUGAAAGUAAAAGAAAAGAUUAUUUAUGCGGUUUUCGUAAACGAAAACUAGAAAGGAAGAAGAAGGCAAAAGAGGAAAUGGAACGAAUGUUGAAAGAAGAGAAGAAACGAAUAAAGCAAGAGAAUAAGGAAUCAUACAAAAAGCUUGUGGUAUCCAGCCGCCCUAUACCUGAUAUUGAACAGCUGCUUCAGGAAGAAUAUGAGGAUGAGGAUGUUAAUGUCAAAAUAGUUGAGCUGUCUGCAGAUACACUGCAGAAAAAAGAUAUAGUCAUAGGAGAAAACAAACCAAAAGAAAGUGUUGACAAAGUUGUACAUACAAAGAAAAAGAAAGAAUUACCACAAAAAGUACCGGGUAUGGGUUCUGAUGAAGAAAGCGUUGAAGCGUCAGAGGCAGAAAAUGAUGUAAUCGAAACAAAUGACACUAAGUUAAAAACUAAAAAGGAAGUAAAACAGAUGCUGAAAAGACAAGCAACAAAGAAAAUUCAAAAGAGUAAAGUUUUUCAAAUGAAGACUAAAUUGGAUAGGAUACAAAAUAAGAAAAAAUCACAACAAAAGAAAGGUCAUAUGGCAAAGAUGAAAUCAGAUUCGAAAAAGAACAAAUCAAGGAAAAAGAGUCAUAAAAAGAAGCAAGUGAAAUAAAAGUUCUGAAAUUUUUAAAAA